GCGUGGACGGAGUGCAACGGAGAGACUAAGGAUGAUUUCCUUCUUGGCCACACUUCCCCUGCUCCUGCUGUUUGUUUUUAACCCUGCAGACGCCAACGGGCAUUAUGACAAGAUCCUGUCUCACAGCCGUAUCAGGGGCCGCGACCAGGGUCCCAAUGUCUGCGCCAUGCAGCAGAUUCUGGGCACCAAGAGGAAGUACUUCAGCACCUGCAAGAACUGGUACCAAGGUGCAAUCUGCGGAAAGAAAACGACCGUGCUAUAUGAGUGCUGCCCUGGGUACAUGAGAAUGGAAGGCAUGAAGGGCUGUCCCGCAGUCCUGCCCAUCGACCACGUGUACGGCACGCUGGGCAUCGUGGGCGCCACCACCACGCAGCACUACUCCGACGUCUCCAAGCUCAGGGAGGAGAUCGAAGGCCAGGGGUCCUUCACCUACUUCGCACCGAGUAACGAGGCGUGGGACAACCUGGAUCCUGACAUCCGUAGGGGCUUGGAGAGCAAUGUGAAUGUUGAACUGCUGAACGCGUUACACAGCCACAUGGUUGACAAGAGGAUGCUGACAAAGGACCUGAGAAAUGGCAUGAUCAUCCCCUCGAUGUAUAACAAUUUAGGGCUCUUCAUUAACCAUUAUCCUAAUGGGGUUGUCACCGUUAACUGUGCUCGAAUCAUCCAUGGGAACCAGAUUGCAACAAACGGUGUCGUACAUGUCAUUGACCGUGUCCUUACACAAAUCGGCACCUCAAUUCAAGACUUCAUUGAAACAGAAGAUGAUCUCUCGUCAUUUAGGGCGGCCGCCAUCACGUCCGAUCUGUUGGAGUCCCUUGGAAGAGACGGUCACUUCACACUCUUUGCUCCAACCAAUGAAGCAUUCGAGAAGCUCCCACGAGGCGUCUUGGAAAGGAUCAUGGGGGACAAAGUGGCUUCUGAAGCUCUCCUGAAGUACCACAUUUUGAACACCCUCCAGUGUUCAGAGUCCAUCAUGAGUGGGGCCGUCUUUGAGACCCUGGAAGGAGACACAAUUGAGAUAGGAUGUGAUGGUGACAGCAUAACAGUAAAUGGAAUCAAAAUGGUGAACAAAAAAGAUAUCGUGACAAAUAAUGGUGUCAUCCAUUUGAUUGACCAGGUCCUAAUUCCUGAUUCUGCCAAACAAGUAAUGGAGCUGGCUGGGAAACAGCAGACCACUUUCACAGACCUUGUCGCCCAGCUGGGCUUGGCGUCCGCCCUGAAGCCCGAUGGGGAGUACACUCUGCUGGCGCCCAUGAACAAUGCGUUCUCCGAUGAUACUCUGAGAAUGGAUCAGCGCCUUCUGAAAUUAAUUCUGCAGAAUCACAUAUUGAAAGUGAAAGUUGGCCUUAACCAGCUUUACAAUGGACAAAAACUCGAGACCAUGGGAGGCAAACAGCUCCGAGUCUUCGUGUAUCGCACGGCCGUCUGCGUGGAAAACGCAUGCAUGCUGAGAGGAAGCAGGCAAGGCAGAAACGGCGCUAUUCAUGUAUUCCAGGAGAUCAUCAAACCCGCUGAGAGAUCCCUGCAUGAAAAGUUAAAACAGGAUAAACGCUUUAGCAUCUUCCUCAGCCUGCUCGAAGCUGCAGACUUGAAAGAUCUCCUGACACAGCCUGGAGAUUGGACCUUGUUUGUGCCAACUAACGAAGCCUUUAAGGGGAUGACCAACGAAGAAAGGGAAAUUCUGAUCCGAGACAAAAAUGCUCUUCAAAAUAUCAUCCUCUAUCACCUGACACCGGGAGUUUUCAUUGGAAAGGGAUUUGAACCUGGUGUUACCAACAUUCUAAAGACCACACAGGGAAGCAAAAUCUACCUGAAAGGAGUAAAUGAUACACUUCUGGUCAAUGAAUUGAAAUCGAAAGAAUCUGACAUCAUGACAACAAAUGGAGUCAUUCACGUUGUCGAUAAGCUCCUCUAUCCAGCAGACACACCUGUUGGAAAUGAUCAGCUGCUGGAAAUACUUAAUAAACUGAUCAAAUACAUCCAAAUUAAGUUUGUUCGUGGCAGCACCUUCAAAGAAAUACCCAUGACGGUCUACACAACUAAAAUUAUAACCAAAAUUGUGGAACCAAAAAUUAAAGUGAUUGAAGGCAGUCUUCAGCCUAUUAUCAAAACUGAAGGACCCACAAUAACAAAGUUCAAAAUUGAAGGUGAUCCUGAAUUCAGCCUGGUUAAAGAGGGUGAAACGGUGACUGAGGUGAUUCAUGGAGAGCCAAUUAUUAAAAAGUACACCAAAAUCAUUGACGGCGUGCCUGUGGAGAUAACUGAGAAGGAGACACGGGAAGAAAGGAUCAUUAAAGGUCCUGAAAUAAAAUACACUAGGAUUUCUGCUGGAGGCGGAGAAACAGAAGAAACUCUGAAGAAAUUGUUGCAAGAAGAAGUCACCAAGGUCACCAAGUUCAUUGAAGGUGGUGAUGAGCAUUUGUUUGAAGAUGAAGAAAUUAAAAGACUGCUUCAGGGAGACACACCUGUGAGGAAGAUACAAUCCACCAGAAAAGUUCUAGGUUCCAGAAGACGUUCAAGACAAGGUCAUUCUCAGUGAAAAUCCAGAAAUCAGACAACAAAGCUUAUACAUCCCUAACUCAAUAACUUGGCCUUAAAGAAGAAUUAGGAGAGCCACUUUGACUUCAGAAACUGAACUAUCAGCACAAAAAGCAAUCAUGGAACUUCUCUGAAUGCAAAUUUUAAUGUUUUCUGAAUGUGAAACCCGAGGGAAUGGUGGGGUUGGCCUCCUGUGGGUUGGGAAUUGAGCGAAUACAGCAACUCACAGGUUUCACCUCCCAACCCACCCAAGAGAACCGAUGUCACCAGAUUCAGUAUAACUCACAUCUCAGAGUGGUGCGCUCUAACUGCGUCGGGAGCACUGGGCCUUGAGUAUAGGUAGCAAGUGGAUAAAACAAAGGCAGGCACGCGCUUACCUCUCCAGGCAGAAAGAGCUACACCACAAAAAUGGGUGCUCAGUGUAAAAGAAACCUUUCCAUCAAAAGGCUUUGCACAUUUCUAAUACAAUGUGGGUUUACCAGUAAAUUAUGUUAUUUUUACCACUAAGUUUGUACUCUUGAAAUGUUUGCCAUAUGCUUUUUGCAAUACAUAUUUUAAUCUCAAACAUUUCAAUAAAACCAUUUUCAGGUAUAAAGAGAAUUACUUCAAAUUGGGUAAUUUGGAAAACUCAAGGUUAAGUUAAUAAAUGGUUUGGACUUGGGAACAAGACUUUAUACCUCUGUUUUUGUAACAAAUACUCAUUAAAGGAAAUUGAAUGAA